UUCAUAUUAACCGUUUUAACCACCUUCACCACCACCGGCGGACUCGUAAAAAAAAAAUUAAAAAAAUGAAAAUUGUAUAAUGUCUUUCAUCAACCAACAAGGUGCGAUGGAUCUGGAAAUGGGGCUACCUCCGGCCCCACAUCCAAUUUCUAACAUGAAUUAUGCCGGCGAGCCAUCACCGUCACCGUCGCCACGAGCACCGGCACUUGUGGUGUCACAUUCAAGCAAAGCUCUGAUUCCAUCAAAUUCAGGGAAAGCCCUGUUUGUGUCAAAUUCAGGGAAAGCAUUACUUUUAUCAAAUUCAGGGAAAAGGAUGGAUCCAUCAGGGAAGAAAAAGUAUGUGAAGCAGGUGACGGGGCGACACAAUGACACGGAGCUGCAUCUCGCGGCUCAGCGUGGGGAUGUAGGUGCUGUAAGGGAUAUAUUGGGGGAAAUUGAUGCACAGAUGUUGAAAACCAUGAGCGGGGCGGAGUUUGAUGCUGAAGUGGCUGAGAUAAGGGAAGCAAUGGUGAAUGAGGUAAAUGAAUUAGGCGAAACAGCGUUGUUUACAGCUGCUGAAAGGGGAUAUAUUGAUGUUGUUAAGGAGUUGUUGCCUUAUAGUACAAAGGAGGGGAUCACCACGAAGAAUCGUUCUGGUCUUGAUCCCUUGCACAUUGCUGCUAACCAAGGUCAUCAAGCUAUUGUUAAGUUACUGUUGGAGCAUGAGCCAGAGUUGAGCAAGACAGUAGGUCAAUCAAACGCAACUCCUCUAGUAUCUGCAGCCACAAAAGGACAUACAUCAGUUGUCCAUGAAUUGCUUUCAAAGGAUUCUAGCUUGCUAGAGAUAUCAAGAUCUAAUGGCAAAAACGCAUUGCAUUUGUCUGCACGCCAAGGCCACGUGGAUAUUGUUCUAGCAUUGCUUGAAAAGGAUCCGCAACUGGCAAGAAGAACUGAUAAGAAAGGACAGACUGCACUACACAUGGCUGUAAAAGGCGUUAGCUGCGAAGUGGUGAAGUUGCUUCUACAAGCAGAUCCAGCUAUUGUAAUGCUUCCGGAUAAGUUUGGCAAUACUGCAUUACAUAUUGCCACACGGAAAAAGCGGUCAGAGAUAGUACAAGAACUCUUGAUGCUCGACGACACAAAUGUCAAUACAUUGACAAGAGAAAACAAAACAGCUCUAGACAUAGCUGAAGGGCUUCCUAUGUCUGAAGAAUCGACAGAACUAAAAGAGUGUUUGACACGUUAUGGUGCUUGUAGAGCCAAUGAAUUGAAUCAACCGCGUGAUGAGCUUAGGAAAACUGUGACAGAAAUUAAGAAAAAUCUUCACUCCCAACUUGAACAAGCUCGAAAAACUAACAAGAACAUGACUGGUAUUGCAAAGGAGCUUCAAAAGCUCCACCGAGAAGGAAUUAACACUGCCACCAAUUCUGUAACUAUUGUUGCCUCUCUUUUCGCAACAGUAGCUUUUGCUGCUAUAUUCACCGUUCCUGGUGGUGAUCUUGGUUCUGGAUACGCUGUAGCAUCCAACACCCCUGGAUUUAAGAUCUUCUAUAUCACGAAUGCUCUUGCACUCUUCACGUCUUUGGCUGUCGUGGUUGUACAAAUCACAGUAGUCAGGGGUGAGACAAAAUCAGAGAAAAGGGUUAUUGGAGUGAUAAACAAACUAAUGUGGUUGGCCGCGGUUUUCACUAAUCUGGCUUUUGUAUCUGCCUCUUAUGUAGUUAUUGGACGGCGUAAUAUAUGGGCUGCAAUUUUUGUUACAGUUGUAGCAGGAAUCAUAAUGGCAGGGGUUUUAGGUGCCAUGACUUAUUAUGUAGUGAGGUCUAAAAGAACUCGCAAAAUCAGGAAGAGGGAGAAGUUUACAAGGACUAGAACUAACUCAUUUCACACGGAAUUAUCUGAUUCAGAUUUAAAUCCAAUGUUUGCUCUCUGAUUCAAGCUAGUAGUUUCAGAGUAUGCGUGUGUUAUCUCAGACAAGAUA